GUCAGUAACCUUUCUACUGUUAAAGGAUAACUACACAUAGAUUCCAAAUUACCAUUUCUUGCUCUAGGCAUCGUGGAAAAAAAUUUACCACCUAAAUGCGGUCAUGAAAGAAAUACUGUACGUUAACUUUCAAGGUUAUCAGCGACAGUGAAGCUACUACACAGCAUUCAGGGUACACUGCAACGAAGACCUCGGUGUAAAGCACACCAACAGCAGGACAUAGCAACGCCACCUCAUUUAUUCCCCGGAGACGCCGCCUCGCCGCCUGUGCACCUCCGCGGCCCCCACCUUCAGCGAUGGGUCUGUGGCUGCGUUCGGUGCCUCGUCUGCGGGCGCCCUUCCUGCCUGCGUCUGCGCCCCGCCUCGCCCUCGGGAACCGGCGCGUCUUCUUGGAGGAGGAGCCGAGGCAGCGAGGUUUCCUGCUAAGGAGGACCUUAAGCAGUGGGGGCGUAAAAUGGCUCUGGCCGAUCGACAGGGAAUCGCUCAGUUUCCACCUCGUCCAUCAUCAUGGCACCAGAAUGGGACUUUACCUCAUGACACUCAAUAGCGUGAAUCCCCUCAAUACAGAGGACGUAGAAAGAGCUCUUUUUCACUUACAGAGGAAGAAUCCUGCUCUGCGGGUAGAUUUCCGACUUCGUGAAAAUGUCUGGUGGUUUUAUGAACAAGAUGGAAAUAAAGUUGAUUUUAAGAUGCUUAGCGAAGGAACAAGCUCGUCAGAUGAGAUUCAACGUAUGUGUGAGACAGGAUUUCGUGAUGGGGCUACCUGGAAGUUCAGAAUGAUUCCUAGGGGGAAGGAAACUCCCAGUGUCAUGCCAGAAGUCAAGGGGGACUUUUCCUAUCAGUACCAUUUCAUUAUGGCAAGCCACCAUGCGUUAAGUGACGGCUUGAGUGCCUCGUUAAUGGCGAAGCAAGUGGUGGAAUUGUUGAAUGAUGUAAUUCUUGGGCGCCAUAUUAAUGAUAAGACAACUAGUCAGUUUAUUCAGAGAGAGGAGCUCUGCGAAAUCGAGUCAAGGAUAAUGAAGAAAUUAGAAGGUGAUCCUCAGCGUCACGAUUACGUUAAACAGACUAUGCCUCUGUCUACUCCUCUGUUUUUACAAGCAUUUCCACGGCCCUCGGUGGAUCAAGUCACAACCAGACAUCUUUCACGCAUCAUUGACAGUGAUGUUACACAGAAAUUUGAAAAGCAGUGCAAAUCACAUGGGGUCACCAUCAACAGUGCUUUCAGUGCUGUGAUCAAUACUGCUAUUGUCAGCCUGAUGCAGAAGUCUGGAAUAUCCCAACAGUCAUACCAGAUUGCAGGUAAUCAAGUUGUAAACAUGUUACGGUACUUAAAACAAACGCCCCGCGAUGCAAUGGGUGGCUAUGGCUUGCUGCUUUCCCACAUUUCAAGAGUGACCAACGACCGUGCAAAUAAUUUCUGGGAAUAUGCCAAAGAAGUCAACCGAGAACUGAGAGAAGGCCUGACUUCAGAACUCCCUCUCGAGCAGAAGAUGGCUCGCCUCAUGGCCCAGCCCAACCUGGUGGAGGAGUGGGCCCAGAAGCCACCCCCGAUCGUUCACGACUACGGGAUCACCAACGUUGGCCACUUUCCGAUGCCUGAACGACAUUCAGACGACCAAGUCCUGGUGACGGACGUUGCAUCCGUCGCCAUGGUACAUAAAUACAUCCACAUGCUCCUCUUUCUCGUUUACACAUUCAGGGGUCGUUGCAGAUUUUCCUUGAGUUAUGCAACGGAUUACAUUGCAGAUGACACAGCCAUCCUCUUGGCAGACGAAGUGAUAUCAGUCUAUCGGAAAGUGAGUGAAGGGAAUGGAAAAUGAAACUAAGAAAUGAAAAGGCUGAAUCUUGCUUAUAGUACUGCUCAAUUUAGGUCAUCCCUAAAACAAAGCGAACAUCGAUAAUAACAUUAUAUCAUAGUUGGUCCUCAUUUUUAUUGUAUGUUGUCAGUAUUAAAAGUAAUUGUGAUGUCAACUUAAUGGACAUCCUAAAUCUGGAUUCUUCGUUAGCUGAAAUUACUACCAGACAGUAUAAAUGCAAACAUCAAUGAAAUUACUGAAAAUACAAUGCUGCAGUAGGAAUGUUCAGCCAUUAAGGGUUGUUAUUGUGUUACUGUUAAUUUUACUACCGUUUUAUCAUCAUACUCCUAAUAAGGAUACGGUAAAUGAAAUAAUCGGUAUCGAUAUAAAACCGAAAUCGUUAUUAUCAGUAACAUUAUUUCUUAUGAUAAUUGUGAAAACAUGUAUCAUUUUGAGAUGUUGAAAUAGUUAAUAUUUUCUAAUGAAUAAAGCUAUGAAUUUUC